AUGUCGAGUGAAAGCGGUGUGCCGGCAACGUCGGGUAGCGAAGCGGCAGAGCGUUUGACCAAGACGCUGUGCGGUGUUUACGCACUAUGCUUCGUUAUCGGGUGGCUCUACAAGCGCUGGCUCCUUCGGCGUUGGAAGCGCGCCAUCCUAGAGGUAUUGCGAGAACAAUGUGCGGUGGUUGGCGAGGACCUUGUGCGCUUAGCGGGGUCCAGUGCGAGCCGGGACGCCACCACACUCGUUACCGACGUCUGGAAACGAGCAGACAACGGCGUGCUCGAAGUGUACGCCUCUGGGAGGCGGCACGUUGCUGGGGUUCUACUACGCCUUGAUCCCGUUCCUCGAGAGGACGUCUUUACCUUGAUUCACGACUUUUUGUUCGAGGAAGCACCGGAUCGUCUGUCGAUCAAGGCAUUUAUUUCUACGAAAAUGGAGCGUUGCGUCUUUGCCUUGGCAAAGAAACAUGAACUGAAACGCUUGCAUGUCUCGUAUCGAGAGCUCGAGCACUACACAGAGCAAGUCACAACCGUGGCACCGGAGCUCUCCAGUGAGUACGGCGUUCUGGCGGAUACGAAAGAACUCGCGCAGCGAAUCUUGAACGCUUCUCGCGUCGCCCUGCUCAAUCGAUAUGUCGAUAUCAUUCAGCGGCUGCGUUUCAGUGAUAUCUAUGAAGACGUACCUCAGGACGAUGACGAGGAUGCCCAAGAAGCUGAUUCAGAAAAGCCGAAUGCAUCGGUGGAAUCUCGCGAGCCGCCUGGUACGCUGCAUCCCAGCAGCUGGAGCCAAGUCGUUCAUUUGCAGCUUGCGUUACCUGUGAAUCUGGAGUCGCUGUCGGAGGUGCUUCGCUUCUUUUUCGAUUUGGUUGACGAGGUUGCCACGAUGCGGAUGUCGCAUGAAGCGCAGCAUGCGACGCAGGCGCUUCGGGAGCUCGUCCAGCGGGAGCGUCAGAAGCGACUCAAUCGAGCCCGAGCGAAAGAGGAGAAGGAAAAAGCCGAAGAGCGUGUGGCUCGUUUCGAAGACGCAGAACGCCGUCGCCGCGAACGUCGUGAGUACCGUCGCCGGGCCAGGAGCCAACGAGCACCCCUGCGCAUCUUUUUCUGA